CUUGGCUAGAUUUCUUAGUAUUUACUAGCUAAAUUGGUCGUGAUCUAUCACUAUGUAGUUUUAGUGAGGGUUGGCGAGGCCGUCUGCACCUGAUUGACGGAGUUUUGAAAUUUGCUAAGGCAACAUUUGGUUGAGUAGAUGAAUCGUUCAAUUGUAGAACUAAUCCUUGACUUCCGUGAAAGGAGUAGGAAGGGGAUUAUGCCCUUUAUCCUAUGCAAUAUUACGCCUGCGUUCCAUCAAGGCGAGCUUCCCCGCUUUAGGAACCACAUGCUAGGUUGUAGCCUUCAUUAUUAUCAUCUCAUUUGUGGGGUAAUCUCACUUGCGGGGUACGUUAGCUGUGGCAUUAUGCAGUCCUCUAGGAAGAAUUCCACUCCGGAGGCAAUCUCCAGCAUGCCAUUUGCUACAAUGGACAAGCUACACCUGUUCGCAACAGAGCUGAAGAGUUAUGAAUACGGGGCAACUCCCGUAUAAAGUCGUUAUCCUGCUCAACGAUUUUGCACUUCAUUUGUUUUGUCAAGCGCAAUUGUUGACGGCAUCUUCAUUUCCAACACGGUUUCUUAUACACUCGAAUUCUCUCCGAAGCAGGCAAUUUUUAUAUUCGUCUCAUUUUUCUUCACCAAUUUGAAAAUACCUCCUCUUAGGCCACCCUUGAUCUCCCCCUAAAAUUGGAGAAUACCAAAUGGCAGGUAAAAAUAUAUCCGCAGCUGAUUUUGCUGCAAAGUCCUACGAUUAUGUGAUUGUUGGUGGAGGUACUGCUGGGCUUGUUGUCGCCGCUCGGUUGUCCGAAAAUCCAGCUAUUUCUGUUGGCGUGAUUGAGUCUGGCAUUGAUAGAAGCGACGACAUUCUUAUUCGCGCUCCAUUACUUCAUACAGAGCUGUACGAGAAGCCAGAAUACGAUUGGCUCUACAAGACAGUCCCUCAG